AUACUGCUUAGCAGCACGUUUUUUAAAGUAUUUAGGCAAGGAACCAUGGCGACAGAAGGCGGGCCGGAGCGACUGGAGAGCAGUGCCGAAGCCUCUGUCAGUGGCAUUCGCUACGUCCAAUAUAAAGACGAAAAUGACUUACCAGUAGUCAUGGACUUGGUGGAUAAGGAGCUCAGCGAACCGUACUCCAUUUUUACCUAUCGCUACUUUUUGCACCAGUGGCCACACCUAUGCUUCAUUGCAUACGAUGGCGACAAGCCAUUUGGAACAGUCGUAUGCAAGAUGGACCUCCACAGAGAGCGUAUGCGUGGCUACGUGGCGAUGCUUGUGGUCGACAAGGCCUACCGUGGAAAGCGCGUCGGCUCGGAGCUGGUUAAGAUGGCUAUCCGCGAGAUGAUCGCGGGCGGCUGCGAGGAGGUGGUGUUGGAGGCGGAGGUGGUCAACACGGGGGCGCUCAAGCUGUACCAGGGACUGGGCUUCGUGCGCGACAAGCGCCUCCACCGGUACUACCUGAACGGAGUGGACGCCUACCGUCUGAAGCUGCUGCUGCCGCUGUCGGAGGAGCGGCUGGCGGGGCUGGCAGCAGCGGCGGCAGCAGAGGCGGAGGCAGCAGCGGAGGCGGAGGCAGGGAGCGGGGCGUCAGGGCCAGUGGGGGGUCGGGGAGGGGCGCAAAUGGAAGUGGAGGUUGCUUGAGAGGGGGGAGGGCGAGGAGAGGGCUUUGCUUGGUUGGGGGUAGCAGGUUUUGGAAGGGGCAUGGUGAGUGGUGUUGGUUGGCAGAUGCAUGCCAACGUAUGUGAGCUUUUGACUGGUAUCCUUGUAUCUGCAUGUGCACGUGUGCUAAGAAAACUGGCCGCGAUUAGGAACGGACUGGAUUGCACGUGUGUGUGUGUUCAGUGCACCAUCCCCAGUCCACAGCUCACCACGGGAGCGGGGUCCACGGGGUGCGGACUGCGGCAGCUGGAGGUGUGGUCAUGUGGAGGUGUGGUGAGGAGGAGGUGCGGACGAGCGGGG